AUGGAUAUUUUGAAUCAAGAAAUACAAACCACAGCUCCAUUUAUACACCGAUUUAUGUCCACAUUGGUUAAAGCAUCACCAGUGGGGAUACCGGUUGCUACUGCCGUAGCUCUCCGAUUUCGAAACACACACAUAUCUGCUUUUCAUCACAUUAUUGCGCAAGUUUUAGAUCAUGGUGGAGCCACUGAUGAGACUAUCAUUAUUCUAAAUAAGCUUGGAUUGUGUGUAUCUACAUCUGCAACUGCAGUAAGAAAGAAGGCAUUACAGCAGAAACAGAUGGAAGAUGUCAGUUCAUUGAUGUCAGAAGAAAAGAAACACUGUGAGAGUUUUCCAGGUACUUCCAUACAUACACUUCAAUCUGCAGACAUUAUUGGGGACAACAUUGAUAUCAGUAGAACUCCAUCUCAGAUGAGUGUUGAUCGAAGAAACAAAAGUUUUCACUGGUUUCUGCUUGUUGAUUUGGAAAAAAGAGUUUUGAAUACCUCUUUGGAUGACAGUGCUCCUAUAGCCGACAUAAGUCAUAUUGAUAACAGUUCAUUUGUGCAAAAUUUGAAAGAUUGUGAUUCACUUGAUAAAAACUUCAUUUUUCACAUCAUGCAUAUACUUGUUAAGUAUGUCGAUUGCUUAAAAAAAUAUGCUGUAUGUCUGCCAACAGUCAUACCACAUCCUCACUUAAGUGAAACUUCCAAAAAGUCUGAUUUUGCCAUUUUAGAUUUGCUUGAUAAAAGUGAAAACAAAUCAGAAGAUAUGAUAAGUAUCUUAGAACACAUUCAUGAGAAAUACAUUCCUCGAACAGGUGGUGAAAACCCUACUGUAAUUAGAAAAAAGGUAUUUGGAGGAGAUGUUUUAACUAAUGAAAGGGCUUACUCAGCUCAGUUAGCAAUGUUGAAUGGAAAAACAGACUUCGAAAGGCUGACUGGUGUUGUUCAUCGACCUGAAGGCCUUCACAGAAUGAUGAAUCUUCUUCUGUUCAUCUAUCAGAAAUUUUACAAGCAAAAUUCUGCUUUGGACAAAGGAACCCUGUUCUACUUAAGGAAUGUUGUUGGAAGGACCAAUGUCAGUGGAGCCAAUGAAGUUAUAGCAAACUGCAGUCCACAUCCCGGGAAUCUUGGGGGCAGCAAACCCACAAACCCCAAACCUGGCCGCCAUUCGGUGGGCGGCAGUGAGAGAACUGGCAAGGAGGGUCUGCGGACCGUCGGCUACUCCUCGUCAGUUGGCCAGUAG